GGGAGAUGAUUUGGCAGUCGACGUGCAUCAUCGUCUUGGUCCCUUCAACUUCAUUGGAUCCCCCAACGUGGCAGCUCACACAAACACCUCUCACUCACUCACUCAUACCCCUUCCACUGCCCCUUUGCGCCCGCCGAGAGCAAUUGAUAUCGAUGUCCAUGGCCAGCUCGUGAUACCGCAAAUAUCUCUACCACAUACACCCUCUUUCUUUCACGUUCGCUUUCGGCUCCGCUGCUUGUCUAAGCGAUCGACAGCCUCCGUCUCCGUCUCCCGUGAAAAGCAAAAGCGAAGCAACGCACUGCCAAACCAACGCGCAUCAACCUGCAUCGGACUUGACCUGGCUCGCCGAACAGCCACAGGCGCGGAGUAAGCAUGGCCUCCUCCUCAGCCGAUGCUCAUUCGCAGUCGAAACGACCAACCGCCAUGGCCAGACAGACCUCGACAUCCUCUCAUGUCUCGCAGUCUCCCACCGACGCUGGCCACAGACACGCUCCACACAAAGUCCAGCGACAACACGUCGUUGGUCAGAGCCGCAUGCAAAGGAACCUAUCCCUCGGAAAGAACCUCAACAAACUGAACAAGCAGCUCACCCAGGCGCAGGCCGGUGAUGGCGGCAGCGCUGCGAAACAUCACCGCCGCACCAAGUCCGGAGACUCCAAUUCAGCACCCAGCAGCCCGCGCCCUACCUUCAAACGCAAUGCCUCGCACGGCGGCGUCGUGAGAGCCAACCACCAGACCCAUACACACGCAGCGAUACGCAAGAACCAUUCCAGCACUCAUCUCGUCCGACAGGGUUCCUCGAAGAACGUGUUGAAGUCAUCGAAGAGCGAGAUUGCGCCCCCAAGGAAGUCCCUGGCGCAGACGAGCAGGUCUCGCCAACAGUCACCCGAUCCUCACCCCACGGUCCACUUCGACGUGGCUAAUGAAGGAGGAGAGGAAGAGGAAGAGGAAGAGGAAGACGAGGACGAAGACGGAAACCCAGACGACGGCUGGACAGAAGAAAGUGCAUCACAAUCCCCAACCACGACGCGAUCGAAUACGCGCUCCAAUUCUGUCAUAUUAGAUCCCCAACAUAGAGCCAUGGAACCAACAGAUCAGACAGGAGAGGCUUCCCAGUCAAAUUCCCAUAAUCAUCAAGUCCGCCCUCCACCACCGCCACCGAAUCCGACGAGCACGGCAUUACCAGACCGCACACACUACGCGAGGCAGGCGAACGGGGGGAAUUCACAUCAGCAGCAUUCGAGGCCACCAGAUGCGGACAUGAUCACGUCGCGGCUGCUUCAGCGGAGUGCUUCUCACAACGCGCCGCCUCAGAUGUCUUCUGUGGCUGCGACGGUGGUAUCGGAUUCCCACGACGCGCGCAUCCUGAGCCAAAGCGCCGGCUCGACCUUGAUCGAUACACCUGGAAGAGAUAUAGUUUCUCGAUUCAUGGAUGGAGAUGGCUCGGCGGACACACCGAAAGACAGCAGUUUCCUUCCAUCUCGCAAUUCACCAGCCGGUAGCGGAGACUUCAACAAAGUACGACGGAACAAGUCCAUGCAGGACGUUGCAGGCGUUCAGACGCCCACCAAGGAACAUCGACGAUCGGGAACAACCACGCCAACCUCGAAUCUACCCCCAUCGAGGACACAGCAGAAACUCAUGCUGCAGCGCGCCUCCUCCAACAUCGAACCCCAGAAACUCAUCCCCGUCAUCCUGCCGCGAGCUGGAGGCCCCACAUUUCUCCAGUCCGGCAUGACGUACACAGCAAGCGGCGAGGGACGAUUAGACCCUCGACUACAGCAACAAUUCAAUCACGUCGCCGUAGAGUACAAGGUCGUGCGGCGGUACCGCAACCCCCUCGCCGACGCUGUCUCGCGAAUCCAACAGAUACCCGGUGUCGCCAAGAGGACCCGCGCGAAGAAACUGUCAUCAUCGACAUCGACGACAGCCACCACGAACGGCCACUCGAGCGUCCACGGUACCAGCAGCCUCAGCACGAGCUUCAACGAGAACGGCGUUGAGACGGACGGUGCGUCGGGAGGCAACAGCACUCGGCGAUCUGCCCGCACCAGCUUCGAGGAGUCGAGUCGGCGGCAGAGCUUCGAGAGCGACGGCGGCGGCGGGCGCUCGCGCGCAUCGGAGGUCGAGGAGAUUUGUCGACGGUUGUGGGAGAGUUCAGAGAUCGUGGAGGGCGAUUGAAGAUGCUGCGUUAAGUUUUCCCACGUGCUCAGGGGGUUCGAGGGGCUUGGGUUGGGUCAGACGACUUCGCCAUCGCAUUACAUCACAUCACAUCACAUCACACAAACAGACAAACAAGCAUCGCCGCUGCACCACACAAACACACGCCUCCGUCCCAAUCCAGCCCAACCCAUCCUCU